AUGGCCAUUUCACCUCGUCUUAUUGAAUAUGGUUUGAAAGCUGCUGGGAUUGUCACUGCUGUUUUGUGCUUUUCAAUGGGAGUUGUUUGCAUGAUCUCAAUAUCAGCGCAGUGCAUUAUUGGUGGACUUUUCCUAAUUUUAAUUGGUAUAGUCGUCAUAAUAUUUGAAGCCCCAAUAUGUUGUUCCAUGAUACCUCAAUUGCAUAAAUUCAAUGAAUUCAUUGAAAAACGAUCCCCAAUCGAAAAGUCGAUUUUCUAUGGAAUUGCAGCCAUUUUACCAAUGAGUUUAUGUUUUGGAAUUUCUACACUUUUUUGUGGAUUAGCUUUAGCUGGAUGUUGUGCAUUUAAUGUCUGGAGGAUUUUUAAGGAAAGACGCAGUGGACAAGCAAAUCCAAAUGGUGUUGGUUCUGAACAUCAUACUCAAUACGCUGCAGGUGAAUCACAACCUCCAACAUUUCAAGGUGGAUAUGGUGAGCAACCAGGAUUUCGGGAUCAUUUAAUCGAAAAAGCUGCUGUUGGUGCAGUAAAAGGUGUGAUUGGUGGUCCGGGCAGUGGUGGUUAUCCAGGAACGGGUUAUUCGGGUACUUAG